CCCCUGUAACAAAUGGGGGCCAGAAAGUAAUCCAAUCAGCUAAUGGACUGUGGGGCGCACCACGGCAUUAAAUCAAUAGAGGGGAGACAAGGAGACAGCCCUGCGCAAAACGCAGCAUCUCCCCUGGGAGAUCACCGCGCCGUGCCUGGAGAAACCAAGAAACUGCGGCGGCGUGGACAUCGAUGUGUCGGCAAGCGCUUGCAGCCAGAGAGGAGCUGCCUGGCCUGGCAGAGCUCGUCUAUCUGACUGUCCCCUGGAGAAAGCUGCUGUCCCACUGAAGGGCUGCUCAGGCAGCUGGCAGAGCCAUGUCCAAGAAGGAUGAUGGUGCCAAGAAGGAUGAUGGUGCCAAGAAGCCUGCCUCAGAGGCUGCGCCAGACCAGCGCUGGAAACUCCAGGUCUUCUACCUGUGCUUCUACGGGUUCAUGACGCAGAUCCGGCCUGGAGAAAGCUUCAUCACCCCCUAUCUACUGGGCCCUGAGAAGAACUUCACAGAAGUGGAGGUGACCAACGUGAUCACACCGGUGCUGACAUACUCCUACAUGGCUGUGCUGGUGCCCAUCUUUCUGCUGACAGACUACCUGCGCUACAAGCAGAUGCUGGUGCUGCAGAGCUUGAGCCACAUCUCCAUCUGGUUGCUCCUCAUUCGUGGCACCUCUGUGUUCGCCAUGCAGCUCAUGGAGUUCUUCUACAGUGUCACCAUGGCUGCCCGCAUCGCCUACUCCUCCUAUAUCUUCUCCCUCGUCGCCCCAUCUCGCUACCAGCGCAUGGCCAGCUACUCCCGAUUCUCUGUUCUCAUGGGCGUAUUUGCCAGCUCAGUGCUGGGGCAGCUCUGUGUCACAUUGGGUGACGUCUCCUUCCUCACGCUCAACUAUGUCUCCCUAGGCUUCAUGAGCUUCAGCCUCAUCCUCACACUCUUCCUGGAGCGGCCCAAGCGCAGUCUCUUCUUCAACCGGGUGGAGGCAGCUUGCAACGGGGCUGCAACAGAGAUGGACAAGAUGGCCAAAGGGGGCGGUGAGGGGACGCGGCGCUGGCGCGAUGCGAUCCUGUGCCGCAUGCUGCGGGAGCUGGGCACAGUGGCCAAGCAGCCACAGCUCCGGCUCUGGUCCCUUUGGUGGAUCUUCAACUCAGCCGGCUACUACCUGAUGCUGUACUAUGUGCAGAUCCUCUGGAACGAGAUCUACCCUGCCAGGGACAACCGCAGUGUGUACAACGGAGGGGUGGAUGCUGCGUUCACGUUGCUGGGGGCCAUUGCCUCCUUUGCAGCUGGCUACGUGAAGCUCCGCUGGACGCUGUGGUCCGAGCUGGUGAUCGGGGCUGUGACAGCCUUCCAGGCAGGGCUGCUGUUGCUCAUGAACACCACCAGCAACAUCUGGCUGUGCUAUGUUGCCUACGUGCUCUUCCGCAGCUCCUACCAGUUCCUGGUGCCCAUCGCUAUUUUCCAGAUUGCUACCUCUCUUUCCAAAGAGCUCUGCGCCCUUGUUUUUGGGGUCAACACCUUCUUCGCCACUGUGCUGAAGACUAUCAUCACCAUUAUUGUGGCUGACAAGAGGGGCUUGGGCCUCUCUGUGCAUCCUCAGUUUUACGUGUACUUCGGCUACUUCACGUUGCUGGCAGUGGCCUACCUGCUGGCAGCCGUUGUUGUGGGCAUCCGGCACAGCCGCCACAAGCAGCCCGCGGAGCUGGCCUUCACCAAGGAGCCGAGCCAGCCCGCUGCAGAUGUUCCAGUGAAGGAGAAGAGCCUGGAGGCAGGCGCUGUGCAAGCCUGAGCACCAGCCCCACGUCCCCACUGUGCCUGGCCGGGCUUGGUGCUGAGGAGGGCUGCGCACCAUGCUGGCUCCCUUGGUGCAGCAGUGGGCCCCAUGGCCCCAUUGCUAGCCCCCGCC